CGCGCUCCCGAGGGUUGUCUGGCUGCCGGCCGCCGAGCAUGAUCGUCUCGAGAGCGGCGCCCAAGCGAGCCCAAGCGAGCGCCGCCGCAGUCAGCCCCGCGGCUCUGCAGGUCUGGGCCGGGGAUUCGGCUCAGCGCCGGGCUGCCACUGGCUCCCGCGCUGCCCGCUGUCCCCGCGCCAGACCUGGGCGCCGCCGCCGCGGGCCAGGCCGGAGAAGCCCCUCCCCUCCACGGCGGAGCUGCGGGGACACAUCUUACUUUCAUCAGCACUGUUGAAAAAAGAAGAAAAAAUGCCAAUGCUGCCUCCUGAAAUCAAAUUUGAACCUUCUAAUGUCACCAGAAAUUCCCUUGACAGUUGUUUUCUUUUUGAGAGAAGUUGGAGGAAAGGAGUUUUAGAAACACAAAAGAUGAGGAAAGAAUACACCACAGCAUUUGGUCUAGAAGAAUUCAAAGAAUGUGUCAAAAUGCCAUAUUUACCAGGAUUGCCAAAUUGCCAGAAAAGUGUAAGUUCCACUCCGCUAGAGGUUCAUAAAAGACUCCUGCAUGCUGAUACCGAGAUGCCUCCUGUCAGCCAUUCUACUGAGAACAUGUUGGGUUGCCUACAAGUAUUUUAUUCUCCUCUGCAUAUUGAACAACGCCCUGUGAAAGAACAGUCUUGGCAAAGCAGGUUAAAGAAGACUAAGCCAACAUGUACUGUGGCACCGCUUCAGGAGAAAUCAAAAGGUUCUGCCUUCAGCGAUCCUCUUGCUGGAGCACCAUCUCAGUACUUACAGAGACUUUCUAAAAUGGCCAUUUUGGAGUAUGAUACCAUUCGUCAAGAAACAACCAGAAAAUUAAAAAAGAGCAAGAAACAAGAGCUUUGAGACUGCUGAUUGUCCUUUGGUGUGAUGCUUUCUUCACUGACUUUUAAGGGAAUGGACAACCAUGCCAGCCUGGUGCUGGGCGGCAUCCACACCAGCAGUUAAUUUCCCAAGAUGGCUCUUCUCCCCGCUCUGUCCUUCCAUUCCUGCCCAGGAAGAGGAACCAGUGAUGCACCCCGUGGGAAUGUAGCACAGGCAGUGGAACCACAUUGGGAGGCAUUUUCCAUUUUCUACAGAAUCAAGAUGCUUCACUUAUUCUUUUGUGUAUUGCCUCUCUUAGUAUUUUAUUUUAUUUGUUUUGGUUUAUUUGGUGUUUUUCUUUUUUUCUUAAUCUCUGAGAGAAGUAUGAAUAAUUAGAAGCAAACUCUGAUCGCUAGCAAAGUUUUAUCGUUUGGCUUUGCUUCUAUGAGUGUUGGCUGAAAUCGGAAUUUAAAAGAAAAAAUGUUUUGGUUUUUAUGGAACUCGGA